UAUGAUUCUGUCUCCCUCUCUUUCUGGGAGUUCGGAGACACGUAUUGACAUUAAUAACGCCGAUAGAGAGGGGCUUGCGAUGAGCACCCAGAAUUUGAAUCAGAAUGUGAAACGGAAUCCCAGUUCCUAACUCCUACAAACCGGCGUCGUUUUCGUCUCCUCCUCCUCCUCCUCCUUUAAAGCCAUGAAAUCCUCUCCCUCCUCCUCUGUAUCUUCUGCUUCUGCUGCUUCUUCUUGAACGUGCAUUUACAUCCGGAGCGAUGGGACUCAUUAUAUUGCAAGACCAAGAGAAUGAAGCCAUCUUGAUCCCUCCCUCCAAUUUCUCCAUGGUCGAAGAUAGCAUUUUCAGAUCCGGAUUCCCUCAACCCUCCAACUUCGCCUUCCUCGAGUCGCUUAAUCUCCGAUCCAUCAUAUAUUUGUGUCCCGAACCCUACCCGCAAGAAAACUUGGAGUUUCUUCGCUCUCGUAAUAUUAAGCUCUUUCAGUUUGGAAUUGAGGGGAAGACGGAGACUUCUAUAUCCAUUCCGAAGGAUACCAUCAUGGAAGCUUUGAAAGUUUUAGUUGAUGUGAGAAAUCAUCCAGUUUUGAUUCAUUGCAAGCGUGGGAAGCAUCGGACUGGUUGUCUAGUUGGUUGCCUGAGAAAGUUUCAGAAUUGGUGUUUGUCUUCUGUGUUUGAGGAGUACCAACGGUUUGCUGGUGCAAAAUCAAGGGUAACAGAUAUGACGUUUUUAGAGACAUUCGACGCAAUGCGCCUUAGGCAGUGUCUGUACAGCAUUAUAUAUCAGUAUCAAGGAUUUGGUUCAAACAAGAGGCGAUUGCUGUACAGAGAGGAGAAUAUGCAAAAGCCGCGAGUUACGUCAAUUUAGCAGAAACGUGGACUGGCCUAUUCUUUUUUUUUUUUUGUCCUUUUCCUUUUCCUUUUUUUUUUUUUUUUUUUCCGGAUUUUUCUGAGGUGCUUUUUAGUCACACGCCUUUGUUGCACAUAUAUACUUUGGAAAAAUAAUAUUGAUACAACCAAAUUUUACAAUUUUUUUUUUUUUUUACAAUAUUGUUUUACAUAGAGGAUAUUUUUGUAAAAUGCUCUCUUAUACCUAUUUUUCUAAAUAUCUUUUAUGUAAAAUAAAGUUGUAAAAAGAGUUAGGAAAUGGUUAUAUUGAUAUUAUUACUGAAAAACCAGCCAUUGUGCUCUUGAUUUUUGGUUCAUAGUUAAUCAUUCCAUUUUUACACGCACAAAAAGGUUUUUGGGCGCUGUUUCUCUCUUCUACAACAUUUCUUGAACAUAAUGCUGCAAGACCGACUAUGUGUCUGACUCGUAAGACCGAUUAUGUGUCUGACUCUCGAAGUUGAGAGUUUUGCUCACCUAUGUGGAAGAGUUUUGCUCAUAUGUUGAGGUUUUUAGGCUCGAGUAUUUUUACUAAAUAUGAUUUAUUUUUUUAAACUUCAAAUGCUGAGUGCCAGCAUCAAAAUUUACUUAAGAAGAGUUACAAUUUCUUUAUUUCUUAAAAGAAUAAUUUUAUUUAAAUAUCUUUAUACUAUACACCCUUCACUUGACAUAAAGAGUUUUGCUAGUAUAAGUAAAGUUGCGUAUUAAUUUUCGUACUAAUAUUGAUAUAUUUAUAUUCAAAAUUUAAAUUGAUAUUAUUUUUAAUAAAAUUUACUUUUUAACCAAUCACAUUAGAUUGGUACGCAUAUUAGUGCGUAGUUGUAUUUCCAACUAGGUCUAUGCAUAAAUGGUCUUGGGCUGAUCCAUCCACAAGGCUUGAAAGUGGCCCACCCGACAAAAGUCAAGUUCAUCAGAUCAAGCCGCAAUAACGGGUUGGCUUCACCUAAUAUAUAUCCAAGCCAAUAAACCAAAUAACAUUUUGAAUCAAGUUCUCCAGAUCUCCUCUCCAAACCCUAGCCUCUCUGUUCGUCAUCUUCAUUCUUCGUCGCCGUUCGUCGUCACAGUUCGUGGUCGCUGUGGGUCGUCACAGCUUGUAGUCGCAGUUUAUCCCCUCUGUUGCUUCUCCAGGAGGUCCAGAUCUGCCCCACUCUCUCAUACUCUGAUCCAUCACAGAUUUGUGUGAGAUUGUUGUACUGCAUGCCAUCUUAACUCUUUGGAAAGAUAUUCAAAGCUUCCUAUGAGAUGUACAACAUUGAUUUGUGGCAUUGAUUUGUCGAAUCAUUGGACUAAGGACCAGACUGUCGAGAUUGAAAAGUCAAUGGUCUAGACCACGACGGAGCAGAAUUGGUUGGACUCGAGGGUAUGGGUGUAGUCGAGACUUGGCUCUGCACAAGGACCUAAGGGUGUGGGUGUGGGUGUGGGUCGAGACUCGGUUGAUUUGGGAGUGGGUUGACUUGGAGGAGCAUUGGUUGGACCCGAUGAAGAAGAAAUAGCUCAGCAUUUUCUCUUUUUAUUUUUAUUUUUAUUUUAAAUUUUUUUUUAAGACCAGCAGGUCAUACGGGUUCGACCUGAUUUUGUUCUAGCGGGUCGUUCGGAUCGGGUUGUUGUCUUGUUAUGGACGUGUCAAGUUGGGUCGGGUAUAAACCCGGUUUGAUCAGCUCAGGUUGCACUCGUACUUACAACUAGAUUUUUCCGAAUUUUUAUUGGUGGGUUUGUAGAUACUCUUCCAAUUAAGAUAGGUCCAGUCAUAAGUUGAAUUCAAUUGCAUAGAGAGCAUACUGAUAGAAAGGUGGUGAUAUUAGUGAUAGAGGGUAAUGAUAUAUUUAUAAUUUUUGUAUAAUCAUUUUACAAAUGAAUAAUACUAUAUAUCAUACUUUUAUCUUACU